AUGCACGGUUCACGCGGGAACGGUGAUCGUGGCCGGAGUCAUGCGCGGGAACAUCGUCGCCUCCGAGCUGGUGGAGCUGCGAUCGACCGCCACCAUGUCGGGAACGAUCCACACGCCGCGGUUGAUCGUCGAAGACGGCGGCCGGUUCAGCGGGCGGUGUCAUGCCGGCGACGAAGAGGCGGGAGGCGAAGACGGGCGGGGCGACGCGUCGGGGCGCGGCGAGGUCGCCGCGGGCGACGAUCGGCCGGUAUCGGCGUACCUGCGGAGGCCGGCAUGAAGGCGCCCGCAGCGGUGAGCGGCAGGGUCGUGCGGGUCAAGCUGCUGCACUCCAGCGAGACCUGCCUGUGCGUGCCGCUUCCAUCCGAGGCGAUUGAUCUGGAGGACGGCGCCGCCGUCAUCGUGCCUACGCGUCAUGGCUCCGAGAUCGGCCGCGUGCUGGGCCCGGUACGUGAUGAAACCGAGCUUCGCGGCGCCGAGCUGUUCGAGGUGAUCCGACAGGCGGAUGCCGAGGAUCUGGAUGGCUACGAACGCAACCGCGAGUUCGCGGACGAUCUGCUGCGGUCCUGUCGACGCCGUCUCGAGGGAUUCAGUCUGGCGAUGAAGCUGGUCGCCGCGCACUUGGUGUUCGGCGGCGGCAAGCUGAUCCUGUACUUCACGUCGGAAAAGCGGAUCGAUUUCCGUCGUCUGAUCGGGGAGCUGUCGGACGAGAUAGGCCUGCGCAUCGAGUUGCAGCAGAUCGGCAUGCGCGAUGAGACCCGCAUCGUUGGCGGGGCGGGGGUCUGCGGACGGGUGUUGUGCUGCAAUGGAGUCACGGAUCGCCGUCCGCGGGUGACGGUGCGGAUGGCGCGUGAGCAGGGGCUGUCGCUCGAUACGCGGCGAAUCUCCGGACAGUGCGGGCGCCUGCUGUGCUGCCUGUCCUACGAGUACGAAUUCUACCAGGAGGUGCGUCGCUCGGUGCCCACGGAAGGCAAGUCGGUGUACUACCAGGGCGACCGGUUUCGCGUGAUCGAGCUGAACGCGCUCACCGGACGUGCCCGCAUCGGCGGAGCCGACGGUGUGGUCCUCGGGGUGGAUUUCGGGGACUUCCGGUUCGAUGAGGCGAACCGACGCUGGGAGGUCAGCCCGGUAUGA